AUGUUCUACGAGGCUCCACCGUACGGCUCAUACUGUGAACUUUUCCAGCAGCAUCCCAUGUUUGUCAAUCCUUCUCAUUUCAGGUUCGUUUCCGUUCGCUGAACUGUAAUCUGAGUAAAAAAAAAAUUUUAACUUUGAAAAUUUUCAUUUCUCUUUUCCAAAAUACGUUCUGUAUAGUCUGUGUACCACGAUUUGGAAUUUUACCGAACGACAUUCCGCUGUUCCACCGGGCGCCUUUGCGAAUCUCGGUCGCGCUUUCAAUUUUUUCUUUCUAGACAUUUAGAAAUUUGUUGAGUCCGUCCUCCAUGCGAAGCUUAGUGCGAGUGAAAAUUAUCACAAUUAUUCCAAAAUCUUUUUCAAUGAAGUUUGUAUACAAAUUUUUGAAGUUUUAAGUUCAGGAGAAAAUCCCUAAAAAUUUUGCUUUUGUCGCGAAUCGAUUCUUUGUGUUUGAGUAUUACAAUUUCAAAAAAGUCUGUGAAAAAUUUUUUUUUGACGUUCAAACGUUUUUUCCUCUCCCUGAAAGCAUGAGCAGGUCUUUAAAAAUUUUCUCCGCACCUAACAUGAAUUUUCGAAAAAACCACAUAUGUUCUACAAAAUCACUGGUAACUUUAAAAUAUUUAAAUUAAAAAGUGCGAAUUUCGCAAAACGACGACGAUGGCAUCUAAAUUGAUAUCCGACAAUCCUCGGAUCUGCUAUAAGCCGGGAGAGGCGGAACCACUGCGGAAGUCUCUAUGAAUACCGUUGCUGUCGGAUCUUGGCGCCAGGCCAUAGCGAAAGAUUCUCAGAAUAAUCAUAUGCUGCAAAUGACUUUCCUUAGCUCCGCCUCUUUUCCCAUCGUUGCCUCUUCUUCUUUUUCUUCAUCUUCUUCGAUUGAGUUCUAUCCACUGAAAAGUACUCUUUCUCUUGGUCGUCGAUUGGCGCCGCCGGGCGUGUUUAGGUGAAUCUUUUCUUAUUAAGUGAAUAUCGGCGAUUUUGCCUUUUCAGGACAUGCAUGUUUACAUAAAACGACGAUUUUCUAAAUUCUAGGCUCCGAGGCAUAAUAUAGUUUUCCACAUGAAAUUUUUCGAAAGUCCCAACUCGAGUCAGCGAAGAGCAAGUCUACGACUAAUCAUUUGAUUUUGAUAUCAUAUCACUAUCAAUCAUCUUUAUACUCUGACGUUUGACUUCAGAGGAAUGGUGGAGCUGCAGACGGAAUUGGUCUGCGUCGUCUGCACCGACAAGGCCGAGGGAUAUCACUUCGGCGCUGUCAGUUGCGCCGCCUGUGGAGCUUUUUUCCGGUUCGGUUAUGCCAAAAAAAAAAUCUUCUAAUUCCGUUUAAAAAAAAUGAUUGUGUCUUCUCAUGGGAAAAAUUUUUGUCGAGCCUAAAUAAAACGAGCACUUUUUAUCGAUAGCGAAGCCCUCCCAGUUGCGAAACAAAAAGCCGUGAUAAGUCGGAUGAGCCAAAUUUGAUGCCUCCAGAAUUAUGACGCGAAUUGCAGGAGAAGCGUGUCGGACCAAAAAGUUUAUUCGUGUUCGGCUCGUGAUUGUACCGUCUUUUUCGGUGAGAACACUAUGAUCAAUAAUUAAAUAUUUGAUUUGAUUUCAGAUCCGGCGAAAAGAGGCGGUUGUUGUCGUUUCUGUAGAUUUUCCAAAUGCAUCGCAUCUGGGAUGAUGCCCCAUGGUCAGAAUCUUGGAAAAAGUACUGCCAAAAUCAAAGUCAGACACUUUAUAGAAGUGAGAGCGAAAAGAUCGAGCACACUGGCAUCAGGGAAGACAUUGGAACGCUCUCGUUCAGUUUCCACACCUUCCUCUUCUUCGUCUUCUCUAUCGCCCUCCAUCGUCGUCGUCGAAACAUUGGUGAACGCCCGACGUCAGAUGUACGCCAGUCGUGAGCCUUUUGCCAAGCAGGUUCAAAUCUAAUUAUUAAUUUUAGUUUCACCCUCAAUGUUUUCAGCCGUGCUACGAAGGAAGCUUGGAAUCGUUGCGGUUGAGCAUGAACGAAGAGUUCCGCAUGUUCCGAUGUCUUAUCGCGGAGAACCAAGUCAUCCGAGAACUUUUGUUCGGCGACACAUGCGCGGAGAUCUUCACCGACGACUGGACCCAACUUCCUGUCGGAUACGUCGUCCGAGAGGUCUUUCUCAUGUUCUACGUCUUCGAGUUGUGCCAGUCGACCUGUGCCGGCGGCGGUGUUCAGCUCGACCGUCUUGUCCUGCCAAAUAAGGUUUGGACAGCAAGAAUGGGCGUGAAAGCUCUCAGUUCAUAGUGUAUAUAAAGUCUUUUCUUCUGAAGCAAUGUUCUUCCCCAAAAUGAAAUGCGAAAUAUUCAUAACGGAGUCUGAUAUUGCAGUCCUACGUCGACCUGAACGAGGACGCUUUCCGAAGAUUUUUCAAUCAACAUUAUGACCCGGAAACUCUAGCCAGGCAAGUUUCAAACGUCCUUGUAAUAAGGAAGUCGCACACAGUUCCUGCUGUGGGGAUUAUUCGCCGUUCCUCGGAAUCAUCGCGGAAGUCGCACCCAGACAGCCUGGUUCCAUUUAUCGCGUGAUAAGCGGCUUUGGAAUUGUGCUUGUGUGGUUCCGCGUCCACUGGGAGCUUAGCGAAAGAAAUAAAAGACGUCAUGUUAAAUCAAUAAUAAUGGAAAAGUAUUGAAAUUCGUCUUAGCAUUCGAUUGAGAAGCUCUUUUCCAAUCGAGUUCAUUCAUUUUCUAAAGAGGAAGAAGAUUUAAUAUUACACAUUCAGGCUUUGCGCUGGACCAAUGUCUUCGAUUGUCCAAAUGACGUCACGAUCCAUCCAAUCAGCUCACCUAGAUGAAACAGACUCCGCCUUCCUCUUCUACAUGGCUCUCAGCCAAAGCGGUUCGCUUAUUUUUUGAAUAACUUGCUCUAAGAAAACUCAAAAUCGAAAAAACUGAAAAAAUAAGAACAAAGAUUUCUGCACUACUUCUAGUGGCAAGUCUACUCGAUUUCUAGAUAUUCGAAUUCGCAAUGAAGCACUGGAUGUGUUAUAUUUCAACGAAACACACUGAAGCUUGUUUCGAAAUCGAAUAUAAAUUAAUUGAUUCAAAUUCGAAUAUUUAGUUUUAUAAAAAAACAUAAAUACUCCAAAAGUGCUACGAAAAUCCUGUGAAAUAUUACCGCUGGAAAAAAUUGCGGGAGGAUAAAAAUAAACAUAACACAGAGUUUUACAGUACCUCACGAGCAGCGUUGGCCGAAAUGCGACGCGACAAGAACUUCUCUGAUGUAUGAAGUGGCGAGGUCCCACGAAGCCAUAGGUCUUGACUUCUGGGUCGAACUCAGCCAAUGGAGCAUUUCAGGCGCCGACUACGCGAUGAAGACCGGCAACACUUUGCUUCUGGUGGGUCCACUUCUGAACGGCGUCUCCUCGCUCCAGGAGAUCUUCUCCUUGCUCUACGUCUCCGGAAUGAGUCGCGCCGACUCCCAUCUUUACUUGCCGCAGUGA